GGUCUCCCCGCAGCCCCACACAGCGCUGCGUCCCCUCCGGUUGGCAGUGCGCUAUCCCCCUCGAUUCCCCUCUCCCCGGGCUCCCUGAGGCAUUCGGAGGCUCCCACCGCCGGCCCCAAAUGUUUUCCAUAUUUGUUCAGCCUCGGUGAUUCACACAGCGGGAGCGGCUCAGCCCGCGCCCGGCCCAGCGAGUUCCCGGGGGCCCGCCGCCCGCCCAGCCGCCGGCCAUGGGCCAGGAGGAGCCGCCGGCAGCCCGGCGCUGCCCAGGGCCGACCGAGGCAGGGGCCCGGGCCGAGCGCGGGCCGCAGAGAGGCAAAGGGGUCCCCGCGGCGCGCGGGGAGGAGGAAGCCCGGACUUGCUGCGGCUGCCGCUUCCCGCUGCUGCUGGCCCUGUUGCAGCUGGCCCUGGGCAUCGCCGUGACGGCCGUGGGCUUCGUCAUGGCGGGCGUCAGCUCUUCCUUGCUAGUCAGAGACACUCCGUUCUGGGCUGGGAUCACUGUUUGUGUGGUGUCCUAUCUUGGGUUGUUUAUGCUCUGUGUCUCAUAUCAAGUUGACGAACGAACAUGCAUCCAGUUUGCUAUGAAGCUGUUCUACUUUCUGCUGAGUGCCCUGAGCCUGAUUGUCUGCGUCUUGGCAGUGGCUUUUGCCGCACAUCACUACUCCCAGCUCACACAGCUGAUCUGCAAAAACACCCUCGAUUCCUGCCAGUGCAAAAUGCCCACAUCGGAUCCGCUCAGCAGGGCCUUUGUUUACCAGGAUGUCAGUGACUGCACCAGCAUCACCAGCACUUUCAAACUCUUCCUCAUCAUCCAGAUGGUUCUCAACUUGCUCUGUGCCUUGGUGUGCUUGCUGGCGUGUUUCAUGAUGUGGAAACACAGAUACCAAGUCUUUUACGUGGGCGUCCGCUUGUGCUCCCUGACUACUUCUGAAGGCCCCCAGCAGAAAGUCUAAUUUUUUCAUUAAGGUUGGGGAGGGGGAAAGAAUAGCCUACGAAUAUUCUGGGCAAACUCGAAGACCUAAGAAUUAAAAACAGCAACAGCAACAUUUUUUUUUAGCACUUACUAAUGUGCAUAGGUUCUCAAUGAAUAUAUUUUUAUAUAUCUCAGCAAUACUAUUUCUAUUGCAGGAAAUUUUGGUAGGAAAAAAAAUCUAGAAAAUUAUAGGACUAUAAACGGAUAGUUCAACAGAUAUUCCAAUAAAACCAAUUUAUGAUUAUCUACAAUGGGAAAGGAUAAUAGCAUAACUGAAAUCUGAAUAUAGUCCCUAAUUGUCAUUUUACCCAUUAGCUUUGGGCUUCUUGGGCAGCUAGAUGGCAUAGUGGAUAGUGUCGGGCAUGAAAUCAGGGAAAUUCAUCUUGCUGAGUUCAAAUCUGACUUCAGACAUGUCCUAGCUGUGUGGCUCUGGACAAGUCACUUAAUCCUGU